CACAUUUCGCGUUCGGGGAUCGUUUGAGAAUCUGGAGACAGCCUAGGCUUCUAGUCAGCCGGUUGUCUUAUAUUUACCACCGCAACGAUUCUUCCGCGUGUGAACCGAAGGCAACUUAAUUGCGAUUCGAUGUUUGUUCAAAAUGAAAUAAAUAAUUAGAAUAUAUAUACCUUUGUAGACAGCAGUGUAUGUGUAUAUAUAUCUUGGACGCAUUUGGGAUUCCUAACACAAUAAAAAAACCGACGAAUCUGCUCGCAUAAAUGAGACACGUGUCGCCUCCGCGGUAAUUCACAUGCGGAUCUUUUGUUCAUCACGUGUCCCAAAAAGGUGUAGGUGCGCGAAACACGUGUAUCGAAUCACGUGAAUUGACUUCAUCGAAAUUUAUUUACCAAUACGCGCAACAUUUUUUUCCUGCAGAAAAACGACCUUAUAUCAAUUUACUUCCAUAUUGCGUUCUAGGAUAAUUAUUACAGCACGUGAGCAUUGACUUUUCGAAGAAUGCAAGAAAAGAAGGACCACUUCCUGCACAUUCGGUAAAAAAUGGAUCACUUUGCGACAAAUAAUACGAUCCUUGCUGAAAAAUUCCAUGUUACUGCAGAAUACAAGCCGUUCGAACGAUAUGUGACUAUCUUUGCCGCUACUUGCGCAAUAAUAUUCAGCAUUAUCGGAGUAUUAGGCAAUCUAGUUACGGUAAUUGCAUUAUUAAAGUUCACUAGAUUGAGACGACAUGCCACCACGGCGUUUGUGAUAUGCCUCAGCAUCUCCGACUUGAUCUUCUCGGCGGUUAACUUGCCCUUAACCGCGAGUAGAUAUUUGAACGAAGCAUGGAUCCUGGGUGGGACUCUGUGCAAAAUAUUUCCCUUAUUUUUCUACGGAAACGUCGCCGUGUCUUUACUCAGUAUGGUAGCCAUUACUAUUAACAGAUACAUAUUGAUCUCACAACCAGGCAUCUACAGCCAAAUAUACACCAGCCGCGGCAUAACGUUGAUGAUAAUAGCCAUAUGGACUCUAAGCUUCUUGAUGCUACUGCCACCCUUAUUAGGGAUUUGGGGCACUCUUGGACUGGAUCCAGCCUCCUUCUCGUGCACCAUACUGAAGAAAAAUGGUUCCAGCCCGAAGAAAUUUCUGUUCGUUCUGGGCUUCGUGGUACCAUGCUUGGUGAUCAGUGUCUCCUACUUCUGCAUAUAUUGGCGCGUCCGGAGGAGUCGAAAAAAUCUUGAAGCACACGCAGCGGAAAGACGCGUCGGUCGACGAGGCGGUGGAUUUCAACGAAGGGAGGAUUCCAGGGUGACCAGACUCAUGCUCAGCAUAUUCGUCUUCUUCCUGCUGUGCUUCAUGCCGUUGAUGAUGACGAACGUGAUCGACGAGACUAUGCAGGCCCCGGUGUUCCACGUAAUUGCCUCCGUACUCGCUUGGGCCUCGGCGGUGAUAAAUCCUUUCAUCUAUGCCGGCACCAACAAACUCUACAGGGAAGCGUACAAGCAGAUCCUGUGUCCAGGCUCAAGUAGAACGCCCACGAUCGGUCCUAAACCGGGGCACUCUCACUCGAGCAAAGUCUCGUCGCCCCUCACGACAUAAGAAUACCUCGUUCGCUUCAAGAGACGAUCGAUCGAGUCGUGGAUAAAGAUAGUAACAAGUAAAAAGUCGAUGCAUAAUAUUAUUUUGAUUCUUUUUUAUAAAAACGUUUAAACGUAAUUUUUUUUAUAGAAUAACUGUAAAGGGUACUAAGAUUAGAAGAAGCUAAAAACUGCUAAUGCAUUAAGGUUGCGUUUAUGAUUUCUCGGAGUAAGCAUUAGCGAGAAAAUAAGAUUCUCAUUUGACAAGUCAAAUAUGUUUUUUUUUUCCUUUUUUUCUUGUAAUCAAGGGAAUAAGAAAUUAAAAUUAACAUGGAGAAAAGUAUAUAUAAAAAAAUCUUAUUUCUUGCCUUACAUACAUAAACGCUAUGUUACAAUAUAAAAUGACACUUUUUUCUUUGUAUAAUGCAAAAUAUACAUAUAAUUUUAUUAAAAAA